AUGUUCUCAAGCAUUCUAAUCAUCCUCACGAUCCUCUCCUUCGCUCCUCAGCUUUAUUCUCUCUGGGCCAAGAAGAACAGUACAGGGAUCUCUCUGGGUUAUGUGCUUGCCAGUCUUCUAGUCGUUACCGAAGACCUCACCAAAGAAGUAUACCUCACGCUUAAUGUUCCUGAAGCUGCGGCUGGAAUUUUCACGCACGAUCCUCUCAACACUGGCGACUGGCUGAACUUCGUUCAAGUACUUGUAACAUGGGCUCUUUUCCUUACCCUCUUCAUACUAUGCGUUCGCCUCCGACGGCAGGGAUCCGACACGAGCCCGUAUCGCAAUCUGUACAUUCUUGCCCUCCUAAUCUCGCUAGUCCCGGAGCUCAUCGACUUAUUGGGCCUCACACCAGAGACGAAGAGCUGGCCCCGCCAAGACCUGCGCGAGAUGUUCAUUUUCACUCAUGCCGUGCUCCUCACCCCCAUGGCCACUUUCAUCGGGGGCUUUUCCUGGUUCCUUCAGGCAGCACAGAGUCGCAGCCAUGUACACGACACCGCUCUGAGCUUGACUGGACUUGCGAUUCAGGCGGUCGUGUUUGGCCUUAUCGCAAUAUCGUGGGUCUUCCGGGUAGUAUAUGCUGAGACGUGGGAUCCGCUGGGCUUGGGUUGGUAUUUUGAGUAUGGAUACCCGGUAGUAAACAAUGCGGUGUUCGCGGGAGUGCAAUUCUUAUCUCUGGUCUGGGCGCUGUAUUGGCGGACGGUUGGCCAGAGACCGCAGACAAAGGGCAAGGCGGAGAGGGAGAGGGAGAGGGAACCGUUGUUGGAAGCCGAGGGAAACUACACCACUCACUAG